AUGACACUCGCUCAGAAAGCGCUCCACGCGCUCCGCAGCUUGCACUGGAACUUCUUCCGGAUUCACCUCGCCUGCUUCGUCUUCGUACCGCUCGUCUUUUCCGGUAUCGUAUAUGCUGGAAAUGCAGGUGCUACCGGUCUGGCCGAGGGGAGCACCAGCACUGGGAUCCAGAGGUCGGAGUAUGUCGACUGCCUGUUCUUGUGCUAUUCGGCCAUGACUACGACUGGUCUGGUCCCCAUCAAUCUAUCCGCACUUCAUCCCUUCCAGCAAGCAUGCCUCAUCUUCCUCGCUAUCAUCGGCGACACGUCCUUCGUCGCGCUCCUCAUGGUGCUUGUCCGGAAACGCUUCUUUCGCGUCCACUGUCAGACCAUGCUGGCGAACGACAAGCUCCACCGCGCUGAGACGCUCGCAGCCUCCAAGAUGGGCGUCGAGCAGCACGCCGUGGACCGUGACAAGAUCACCGGUCCCAUCAACGCCCAGCUACUCGACCACUACAUCCCCGAUCGCGUUCUGGCGGAAUCUCCUACGAUCAGCCAGAACACUCAACGGGAGGCCAUUAUAGGCCAGAAUAGUUUCCACCGACGGCAAACUAUCCGAGCUCGUACGCUCGGCCUGAAUACUGUCGGGUUGGGCGACCGACACGAGACAAGAUACACCAUCCCGGCACCCGUCAAACCCGCUCAUACCGGCUUAGGGGGGUUCCCACUCCUCUCGAAGCUCGGGCAUCUCCUCGUCGAUACACUCCGCCUACCCGUGCGUUUGGAGCAUCCCCAUACUCUCCUCACUCGCGAGACUACGCACGAGUCAAAGGACUGGUCCAGCUCGGUCAAGGAGCACGUCGUUUCUUGGCUACCAGAUGGAUUCGGAGGGCUCGUUAUCGGGCGCAACAGCCGAUUCUUUACCGAGGAGCUGGAGGAUGAACGGUUGGAGCAGAUCGGCGGAGUGGAGUAUCGCGCGCUGAGGUUUCUGAGCUACUUUGUCGGAGCGUACAUCUUUCUCUGCCAGAUCCUCCCAUUCGCCGUCCUUUCGAUCUACUUCUCCCGCAUCAACUACUGGUCGUCCGCCUUUCAGGCCUCAGACGCUGUGCAGACCACGACCGUCAACCCCGUCUGGUCGUCCUUCUACUUCUCUGUCGCCGCCUAUACAGGAGCCGGUCUAUCAUUGGUCGAUCAGAGCAUCGCGCCUUUCGCAAACUGCUACCUCCUCAUCUGGGUCCUCAACUUCGCCAUGCUACUCGGGAACCACUCUUUUCCGAUGACGCUGCGGAUGCUCAUUUGGCUCGGGACCAAGCUUACGCGUGAUUCCACCCUGCACCAGACGCUUCAUUUCUUGCUGGAUCACCCGAGGAGAUGUUUUCUGUACCUCUUCCCCAGUCAUCAGACUUGGUAUCUCCUUCUAGCUCUUAUUGCCUUCAUCGCAAUUGAGCUUUUCAGCUUCCUUGUGCUCAACAUCGGUCUACCUGUCCUUGACAGCAUCACUAGCGGGUGGCAGCGGUUCUCCGAGGGAGUGCUGCAGAGUCUCAGCGUGCGAGCGUCAGGGUUUGGGAUAGUAGCGGUACCUGGACUUGCUCCGUCUACCUUAUUCCUCUAUGUGAUACUCAUGUACAUCGCCAUCUAUCCGAUCGCGCUUUCGGUGCGCUCUACCAACGUAUACGAGGAACAAGCGCUAGGGGUAUACAACGCGGAGCACGACACGUCCGAGACCACCGAGCCAGCUCCGGACGACAAGAGGCCAGAGGCGAAGACCGAAAUCUUCAGCAAAUACGUCAUGUGGCACGUUCGCCGACAGCUCGCAUUUGACAUCUGGCCACUCGCGCUCGCAGUCUUCCUCAUUGCCUGCUUUGAGCGGUCAAAGAUCGUCGAUGCCGAUACGGGGUCAUGGUUCACCCUCUUUCGGAUCAUCUUUGAGUGCACUUCGGCAUACUCUAUGAUUGGGCUAUCGAUGGGGACGCCGAACAACAACUACUCGUUCUGCGGGGAGUUUUCGGUACCGUCCAAGAUUGUGCUCAUGCUUAUCAUGAUACGCGGGAGACAUAGGGGUUUGCCAGUGGCUAUUGAUCGGGCGGUGAUGCUACCGAAGGCGUUCGUCCGGUGA